AAGAAGCAUCCUCGCUGACCCUUUAAGGACCACGGACGAGACCAAUCAGAAAGCGCGGUCUCUUAGCCGUGCGCCAAUCGCAGGCGUCCUUUCUGCAGGCUGUUGGGGCUAUUUAAAGGUGCGCGCCGGAGCCAGCGCUGCACUCUUGCGGGUCGUUGUGUGUAACUUGCAGCAAUCAUGGCUAGCCAUCUGGAACUCAACAACGGCACCAAGAUGCCCACCCUGGGCCUGGGCACCUGGAAGUCUCCUCCUGGCCAGGUGACCGAGGCUGUGAAGGUUGCUAUCGACAUGGGGUAUCGCCACAUUGACUGCGCCCAGGUGUACCAGAAUGAGAAGGAGGUGGGGGUGGCCCUCCAGGAGAAGCUCAAGGAGCAGGUGGUGAAGCGCCAGGAUCUCUUCAUUGUCAGCAAGCUGUGGUGCACGUUCCACGACCAGAGCAUGGUGAAAGGGGCCUGCCAGAAGACGCUGAGCGACCUGCAGCUGGACUACCUGGACCUCUACCUUAUUCACUGGCCAACUGGCUUCAAGCCUGGGCCUGACUAUUUCCCCCUGGAUGCAUCAGGAAACGUGAUUCCUAGUGACACCGAUUUUGUGGACACUUGGACGGCUAUGGAGCAGCUGGUGGAUGAAGGUUUGGUGAAAGCAAUCGGAGUCUCCAACUUCAACCCUCUUCAGAUUGAGAGGAUCUUGAACAAACCUGGCUUAAAGUAUAAGCCUGCUGUUAACCAGAUCGAGUGCCACCCAUACCUAACUCAGGAGAAGCUGAUUGAGUACUGCCAUCGCAAAGGAAUCGUGGUGACUGCAUACAGUCCCCUUGGUUCUCCUGACAGGCCCUGGGCCAAGCCUGAGGACCCCUCUCUCCUGGAGGAUCCCAGGAUCAAGGAAAUUGCAACCAAGUACAAUAAAACUACAGCCCAGGUGCUGAUCCGGUUCCCCAUCCAAAGGAACCUGGUCGUGAUCCCCAAGUCUGUGACACCAGCACGCAUCGCUGAGAACUUUAAGGUCUUUGACUUUGAGCUGAGCAGCGAGGACAUGGCCACUCUACUCAGCUACAACAGGAACUGGAGGGUGUGCGCCUUGAUGAGCUGUGCCAAACACAAGGAUUACCCCUUCCACGCAGAAGUCUGAAGCUAUGGUGGACGAAUCCCUGCUCCUCCCCAAUCGACUUAACACAUGUUCUUUCUGCCUCAUCUGCCCUUGCAAGUGUCCCUCUGCACUGGGUGGCACCUUGCAGACCAGAUGGUGAGAGUUUGUUAGUUUGACGUAGAAUGUGGAGGGCAGUACCAGUAGCUGAGGAGUUUCUUCGGCCUUUCUUGGUCUUUCUUCUUCCCACCUGGAGGACUUUAACACGAGUACCUUUUCCAACCAAAGAGAAGCAAGAUUUAUAGCCCAAGUCAUGCCACUAACACUUAAAUUUGAGUGCUUAGAACUCCAAUCCUAUGGGGUCAGACUUUUUGCCUCAAAUAAAAACUGCUUUUGUGAA